AUGGAAAAAGAUGUACUUUUAACUAUGCUCUUCUCAAUUAUACAACUGUUUUUGCUCCCUAUCAUUGCCAGUGCAGACCCUCUCUCUAUCUUUUGCCCGAAUGAUUCCAGAAAUUACACUCACAACAGCCCAUUUGAAAACAACCUCAAGCAACUUCUUGAGUUAUUGCCUUCCAAUACUUCAGUAACAGGUUUCUACAACACCUCUAUUGGGGAUAACCCAGAUACUGUCUAUGGCCAAGCACUUUGUAGAGGGGAUGUCAAUUCCACAGUUUGUCAGAAUUGCAUACAGAAUGCAAGUCAGGAAAUCUUAACACUGUGUACAAGUGAAGAUGCAAUGAUAUGGUUUGAACUUUGUCAAGUUCGCUACUCAUAUCAGAUGUUCUUUUUCUUGAUGGUUUAUACCGGAAAGUAUCCAGAUGAUCAGAAUAAUCUGGAGCUGAAUGUAUCAGACCCUGUUCAGUUUGAUGUUGUUCUAAAAUACUUAUUGAAUAACAUCUCAAAUGAGGCUACGUAUGAUCCUUCUAAACGAAUGUUUGCUACUGGGGAAAUUAAGUUUUCAAAGGAGGACACAAUUUAUGGUCUUGUUCAAUGUACUAGGGACAUGUCUGGAGGUAACUGUAAUAGUUGUUUGCUGUCUGCAAUUGGAGAUCUUGAGACAUGCUGCUUUUCUCGUCAAGGUGGAAUAGUCCUAAGUAGAAAUUGUAAUGUGAGGUUUGAGAUGAACCAAUUCUACAACUCCUCAAGUUUGGUAUUGACCUACCCAUAUUCCAAAGGGGCUAAAUGGAAGACUUGGAUGGUGGUGGUGAUCACGUGUGUACCACUGUUAGCUCUAGCAAUUCUCAGUGGGUCUUGUGCUGUUUAUCAUAGGCGGAAGAAGAGAUCACAACCAGGUCAUUCAUUUGCAGAUGAUGAGAAAAGCCAAAACGCACUAUUACAUGAGUUGGCACGCCCCACUGGAGUUGAGAUUACAGAAGAUGGUGAAUUAGUACCAGGUUCUGAAGAUCUUCAUUUUAUGAAUCUAUUGACUAUAAGGGCGGCUACAGACGACUUUUCAGAGUCAAAUAAACUCGGUCAAGGUGGGUUCGGCACCGUCUACAAGGGUGUCCUGCCAGAUGGUAAGGAAGUAGCAGUUAAAAGGUUGUCAAGGAGGUCAUGGCAAGGCUUACAGGAAUUAAAAAAUGAGGUCAUACUCAUUGCAAAGCUUCAACAUAGAAACCUCGUGAAGCUCUUGGGAUGUGGCAUAGAGGGAGAGGAAAAGUUGCUUGUGUACGAAUUCAUGCCCAACAGAAGUCUUGAUUUCUUUAUCUUUGAUUCAGAAAGACGCACUCAGCUUGAUUGGAAGACAUGCUAUAACAUUAUUGUUGGCAUUACUAGAGGACUUCUUUAUCUUCAUGAGGACUCCCGGCUUAAAAUCAUUCACAGGGAUCUAAAACCUAGCAAUGUAUUGUUGGACAAUGAAAUGGUUGCCAAAAUAUCAGAUUUUGGAAUGGCAAGGAUCUUUGGUGAAAACCAAAACAUAGCUAAUACUAGGAGAGUCGUUGGAACAUACGGAUAUAUGGCUCCCGAGUAUGCAAUGGAAGGCGUAUUUUCUGUAAAAUCCGACGUUUUUAGCUUUGGCGUGAUCUUGCUUGAGAUUAUAAGUGGGAAGAAAAAUAAUGGCUUCUACCUCACAGGACAUGCCCAAACACUUCUUGCAUAUGCAUGGAGGCUGUGGAACGAAGGGAAAGAAUUGGAAUUUGUAGAUCCUUUGUUGAUGGUGUCUGGCCAGACAAUAGAAGUAUUAAAAUGUAUGCAUAUUGGGCUUUUGUGUGUGCAAGAGGAUCCAGCAGACAGACCCACAAUGACAUCUGUGGUAGUUCUUUUAGGAAAUGAUUCAGUAGCUCUUCCUCAGCCAAAACAUCCUGCAUUAGCUAUAGCUAGAGUAAUUCAGAAUGAUCAGCUUUCAGCAACAAAUCCUUCUAUAAAUGAGCUUACUUUAUCCAAUGUUUCUCCACGUUGA